AUGCAGCUCCCCCUCCUGGCCCUAUUUCCGCUGGCGGUCAGCGCCGUCAAUAUCGUCUCCUCCAACGAUGACGGCUGGGCCGAGGCUAAUAUCCGGGCGCUGUACGAUUCGUUGACGGCCGAUGGACAUUCGGUCCUUCUUUCUGCGCCGGCAGAUAACCAAAGUGGCAAGGGGUCGAUGGACGAUGCCCCAAAAAAUCGCGACGAAGCCUGCGAGUACGACAGCUGCCCAGCCAACAGUGGCCCAUACGGACACAAUGCGACCGAUUCGCAUCAGAACUGGGUGAACUCCUACCCGCUGACCUCGAUGCGCUACGGAAUCGACACCUUCUCUCCAGUCACUUUUAACGGAGCCCCCGAUCUGGCCGUCUCCGGGCCCAACGUCGGCUCAAACCUGGGGGUUACCGCAUUCUUCUCCGGCACUGUUGGUGCUGCGAGUUACGCUGCGCAUAAGGCCGGUAUCCCAGCGCUGGCAUUCUCCGGCAAGAGCGGCGAUCCCACCGCAUGGAACGCCAGCAGCUCCUAUCCGUUGACUAGCCAAGUCUAUGCGCAGCUGGCGACAAAGGUGACGGACAGAGUUCUGAAGGCGGGCACUCCCUAUCUCCCCAAGGAUGUGUGGUUAAACGUCAACUUCCCCGAAGUCAGUGAGUCGAAGUGCUCCAGUGUGGAGGAUUUCAAGUUUGUGCUUUCGCGGAUCUUCGAUCCAGUGCCACUGGUGUCGGGCGACGAUAUCGAAAUCUGUGGAGAUGACCAUUUACCCAGCGAGACCGACGUCGUCAACACGGACGGAUGCUAUGUGAGUAUCUCGGUGGGUAAUGCGGAGAGUAAGCGUGACGCCAAUGCGACUAUGCAGGGAGUGGUCCAUGGUAAACUGGGAAAUUUGUUGACUUGUCUGCCUUGA